GAUGCUUGGAGCAUAAAUUAACAUUAGGGUUGGCAACCUAGCUUCACCAUCGUUACUCUGGUCCGUGUGGUUAUAGCUAAUUGGCUAAUAUAGCUGAAUAGCUUGUGUUGUGUACAACAUCGGAACCUUUGACAAUCACAUCUUUUUAAUUUCGAGAGAUUAUAGGCGCAUAAUAAAGAUACGUUAAAUUAGUAUGGACUGUAAAAAAAGGUGUUGAUUAUUGAUAAUAUUGCUACAUUUUCUAGCAAAGAUGAACAUGACAAAAUCUAUUGGCUUAGUUGAAAUAUUAAUUGAUGAGAUUGCUUUAGAAGGUUUGGACGGAAUAACAUUGGAAGCAUUAUGGCAGCGAUUAGCUAUGAGACUUGGUGAUACUCUUCCAUUAAAAAAUGCUUUUAUGCAACAAAUAUGGAUAAUUUGUUUAGAAUUGCAUGACUUUAAAUUUUUUGAAUUAGAAAAUGCCAGGGAGACUUUGGUAAUAUUUGAUCGCUAUGAGCUAGAGUAUAUGAGCUCAGAAGUAGAAAAAGGAUAUGAUCAACGAGACAUUUAUCCUCAUUGUCCAGUUGAGGAUGUUAAGCUUGGUAUUAAAGGCUCUUGCUCCACUUAUCAUUCUCGUAAAGAUGUAUCUACUAUAGUAAAAGAUUUGACUCUAUGCGAGGUUAUUGAAAAAUAUGGACAGAAAUUAGUUAUUGUUGCUAGUCAAGAUUUGAGAGAAAAUGCUUUAAUAGAUAGUACAGUGAGUCCUAUUAUUCAGCUAUCACUACCACAUUAUUGUCUUUUGGAACGAAUUGGUAGAACAAGAAAAAUGGGAGAGAUAUCAAUAAAAAAAUCUGCUCACAUAAAAGAAGAUGCCAAAACCUUAUUCUACAUGAGAAAAGUUCUAUUGGAGCAAGGAUUGAUUAGAAAGCAAGUUUAUUAUCAAGGUACUACAGGUGCUGCUUAUAAUGGUCAAAAUAUAGGAACAUUAAUACACCUUACUAGAUUUUACAACGUAAGAAAGCCUAAAGUAAUAAUGUGGGCUGAACAUCUUAUCAACUUUCUUAAAUCAAAGGAAAAUUAUGCUGCUGAAUACAAUGAAGUUAAAACUGAACUAAACUUGGAUUAUUCUAUUAAAAAAUUUUUCAAAAUUCAAAUGUUGCAAAAAGUUUUCAGAACUGAUUUGAAAGUACCUUAUAGAUCAUAUUACCCAAAUCAUUCAGACAAAGAAUGGCAUGUGAAAGCUAAUGCAAGCAAAGAAAGAAUAAUUAAGCUUGUUACAUUAACAGAUCCAAAUACAGAAAUAACUGAUAUCUGGCGUACUGAAGAAUCUAAAGAAGACUGUGACUUUUGUCAACUAGAUAUUAGAAAUCAUAAGUUAUAUACACCAUUCUUGAAACAGAUUUAUGCUGCUGUUGAGUCAAAAGAAAGUAAAGGAGCUAGCCAGUCCGAGCUUGCCACAGAAAUGGGAUUCCCAAAAUUAAUAGGUCGGGCAAUACUUCGGAAUCUUGACAAAUCGAAAAUUGUAUCUUCAUAUGUAGAUGAUGUUGGUAGACAAAGAACCAAAAAAUUUGUAUCAAAAAAAUUUGAAUCGCAAAAUUUUAGAAAGAAACAACUAGAAAACGAAAUUAUAAAAAUAAAGAAAAACAUUGACUCUGUAGUAGGAGAAAAAAGGAAACCAAGUAUAACCAGAGGCAAAGAAAGUGAAGUUACAAAAGUUGUUAUUCAGCAUGGUCUAGAAUCUAACGAAAAUAUUUUAUUGGCAAAUAUUGAUUCAAAAAAUGAAAAUGCAAUUAAUAAAAAUAAUCAAGAUCUGUUAUCAAGGGCAAAUAGCAUACUCCGGAAAUAUAAAAUAACAAAAACUAGAAAUAAAUAUAAGUAUACAUCAUUAACGAAUAUUAAAAAGACAUUAGGAAUAAAUUACAAAUGCAAUGAAAAAUUACCUUUAAAUGAGAAUAAUAGUACAAAUACAAUUAAGAGUCAGCAGACUGAAGGUAUUCAUGAAAGUGAUUUUUAUAAAAUGAUAGAAACAAAUGUGAUUAUUCAAAAACCAGAAUGUAAGAAGAAAUCCUCAAAAGUCGCUGUUGUUGGAUUUAUGAAAGAUGUGCAAGACUCUGAUAAUUUGCAAUCAACUGUUUCUUAUAGAUUAAUACGCAGAGCAAACUUAAUCUUAGAUAGUGUAAAAGAGCAUAAGAUAAUUGAAGAUACGCAGAAAUUAAUGAAGUACAUAAACAAAGAAGAAGAUAAAGAAGGUCUUGAUGUUAGAAUGGAUAAAAAUUCACUCAUCAGACUCUUGCAAAAAUUAUCAGAAGAUAAUUUGAUUAAGUACAUCAAAUUGGUGUUAAGAAAUAAGAAUCAUACAAAAGAAAAAGUUGUCAAUUUUAUCUGUGAUCCAUCUGUAAACGAAGACGAUACAGUAAUUCAGUCGGCGAUUGAACAAGCCAAAUUAAAAUUUUGUAUGAUGGAAACAAAUAUAUUAAAUUUAAUUGAUGGUGAAAAAAAAGUAUCCACAGUUGAUAACACAGAAUCAAGUACGAGAAAAUCGGAAGAAGGCAAAUACAUUAUUUAUAGAAACGAUAGUUUAGGGAAAAAAUAUGGAUACUGCCCGAAAUUCGUGCGUUUGAAGGCAAUGCAUAUAUUUUUAUAUUAUUUAAUUUACGAUCAUACUGAAAAACCAGAAUCAAAAAGUGAUUUUUUUGAACAUCUCAGACAACAAGGAUACUCGUCAGAUGAUUUACCCGAUAAAAAUGUUGAUGUUUACAGCAAAGAAAUUAACUGGAAAAUGUUAAUUCCACCUCUACCUAAACAUCGAGGUUAUCCAAAAGGAUGGGCAUUAAUUCGUGAUAUAUUGUUGCGAAUGCCUUUGUCUAUUUUUGUCAAAGUUCACAAUGUGAAUUUCGAAGUACUGGGUUUACAAGAGUACCUCAACCAUCCAGUGAAAAAACACUUUUUGAUGAGAGACAUACCGUCAGCUAUUCGUAAUUUAUUAUUUUUGAGGCGCAAGUACAUGUUUAGUGUUCACGAACUCGUGACGAGGUUGUGUUUUUUGGGUCUCGUGCAGUUUGGACCACAAAUGUUGAAGGAGAAAGAUCAAGUUUUUAUUUACCUCAAUCGUAAGACUGAACUUCUCGACACGACAUCAUCCGCAGCUGGUUAUCACAAAAUUGAGGACAAGCCUUAUCCAGUGAUUAAAUUUUGUUUCUCCACAAUGGCUGAAGUCGAACGCUAUUGGUACGAAAUGUGGAAUACGUGUAUCAACACUGAUUUGGGAGGUCGCAAUGUAGUAGAAGGCAAAGACAUCCUCUUGGAGGAUCUCCCGCGUAAGCCUGAAAUGAUUGAAGCUACCAGAGUAAAAACUGUCGCGGAAGCAAUAGUCGACGACAUAGGUUUCGUGCCCGGAGAUCGCAAAGGUGCAGCCGGCAUUGAUUCCGCCUUUUUCUCUCAUUUGAAAAGAAAUUGGAAUUGGAUAAAUGCCGUUCAGCAAAGCAAGCCUAAAAAACCAAACUGGCCCACGCAGACGGUCAAUCUGACUAAAGCAAGCAUUCGCUAUCGUGCCUCUCAUCCUCGCAAAGUACUUCAGACAAAGAAACGAUCAAGUCCAGUAAAACAUGGUCAAGGAAAAACAGGUACAGAUUCAUCAAAAUUUGUAGAAAAGACAAAGACGAAGCGUCACGUUCCUUUGAACUUGUCUUUUGUACAGUCCAGUAAACCAUCAAAGGUGAUUCGUAAGGUUUUGCCACGAAAACGAGCUCUACGCAAUCGCGUUAAGUACGAUGAAAUAGACUUUAGCGCUCUGCAACGCAUGGAUAAGCUUCGAGUUGACUGGGAGCAACACGAGGACAACAUUUUGCUGGUAUGCAAAGUCGCGAUGGUCUAUCUUUGUCCAAAUCCAAGACGCAAUCCAGUUACUUUUACAGCGAUAAGAGAUGUUUUGCGCUCCUAUUCAUUCACAUCGUACAAUAAAACGUCAAGGGCAUGUCAGAGAAGACUACUUUACAUGCUGAAACAGCCAAAAACGGUCAACAGUGUUCUAUUAGGAGUUGAAGAGAUUAAACAAGAUUACCAUGUGAACAAACGAUUUGGUGGCCUAAAUGAAAAGCUAAGAAGCGAAAGUGAAAGUGUUAUGGAGUACGAGAAGAAAAUUGAAAAAGUGUUUAAAGAUUUGGUUACCUACAUCGCUAAAAAAUAUUAUAACAUAUCGGAUAUGGAGCACCGAGAGCCGAUAAUACUUCCAAAAACUAUUCAAGAGUUCAACGUCUUUCACAAAUUGAAGCUACCUACUAAAACAAUCUCAUCUCCUGGAGUUUCCAAAGAAGUUAGGGACAUCACUGACAUACAUACAGCCACAAUCAACUCUGUCAUUCACAGUUCCAUGUGUUGUGGUAAAGAACGGAGAUCUUGGGCCUAUCAACUGUUUCGAGUAUAUCAGCAGUAUCCAGAGUAUCUACUGAGAAGUGCUAUGCUGAAAAUUCGUGCCGAUCAAAUGGUCACUAUGAAGAAAAGUUAUAUGUCUGCCUACAAAAAGUUUGGCAAUUGCAUGCCGAUGAGUAGUUCUCAGUAUCAACUAAGUUCAGCUUACUAUUACAAGUUCCGGACAAAAUGGCCCUAUGAAGUAUUUUCUGAAUCUUAUGAAAUGUUAAUGCAGCUGUUAGAAAAUUAUAUUGAAAGGCAAAGCAAAGAUAUUAAUGGUGUUGAAGUGAAACCAGGUCUCGGGGGUAUGGUAGCAGCAGUCUACGAUUUUCUGGGUGCCAAUAACAUAGACAUUGACACCGAGAUUCCUGACCAAAUUAUCAUGCUUGAUCCAGGCUUGCCAGAAAAGGACGAAGUCUAUCAAAGAAUAGCAGUUCGAUAUCAAAGUAUUUUAAAUGGGCUUAAUUCGGAGUCUGUCGAUGAUGUAAAGAGCACGGUAAAUGAAAAUAAUGAAUUGAAUGAAGCCAGACAGACAGAUAUGGUUGAUGAACAACAAAAUUUCGUUGCAGUUCGUUCCACAAAGCGAAUGGCGGAAGAAUAUCACCAAAAUCUGAAAGCUAAACGGCUAAAAGUUAGUAAUGACGAGGAUAAUUUGCGACGUGAGAAAGAUCAAGCGGAAGUUGAAAUGAAAAUCAGAACAGAGGAGAUAAAUAUUGUACAAAAUGAAGCGCCAAAAACCAGCUCUCCAGAAGAAAAUGCUUUAACGAGCGAACCUAUGGUUAUCAAUUGCUGUAAUGAUGAACAAAAACUCGAAAGCCUUUUGUUUGAAAGUCAGUCUUGGACGCAUCAUAUUUUGGAUUUGCAAUCUUGUGCUGAUAAAGAUUUAGAAACUAAUCUAGGCAUACCAACAGUGCAAAAUAAUAGUACAAAUUCUUUAUCUAUUAACCAUAUGCAAUCGUUUUUAGAUUAUAUUUCUAAUAAAGAAGAUUUGUCAUGCUCUGAAAGUAAAGGUACAUACAUCAAAGUAAACGAACUUGUAAAAAAUGUUGCCAAUUGGGAGGCUAUGGAAGAUCUUGAGAGUCGCAUUGAAGUUCAAGAUGUACGAACACGACAAACACGUAUUGCCAUGUUGAGGAUGCGUGAAGAGUUACACGAUCUUACUUUUCAUGAUAGCCACCAUGCUCACGAAUAUUUUGUUGUCAACUCAUUUAAAUUGUUCUCAUCUCUCAAGGUAACUGAAGGACUUGAAAACCCCACAACAACUUAUAAAGGUAUGAAUUUGCCAAAAGCAUUGUUACCUAUUAACAUCGAAAUAGCUGAUAAAAUAUUGGAAGAUAUUAAGAAAUUUGCGGUUUUCCCUAAAAAUCCCAUUCCCUAUCAGAACUUCGAAACAGAAAUGAAAGCUAAUGAAAAAUUCGACUGGAAUGAAGUAAACAACAUUUGCAAAUUCAUAAAGAGCAAAGAAGAGUUUGGCGCAUCUCUGCACGAAUUAGUGACAAAUUUCAAUUACCUCAAAAAUACCCUGGCCGAUAUUUUGGUAUUUUUAUCGGAAAAACGGAUUGUUUUACGUGCUGGAAUAAUUGCCGUGCGUUACAUAUAUCAAAAAUUUACAAAUCCUUGGAUUAUUCAUUCGUACAAAAUACUUCGCCUAGAAAAAGAAUCUCAUCAGUCAUUGCCAAGAGGCAGCGUUUACGUUCUAGAUAACGACGAAAGCACACUUGGCAAAGAAAAAGAAAACAAUAGAGUCACUACAGCAGCAAAUUUAUUUUAUAAUACUCCAAAGUCUCAUGCUAAUGAAAUUUCUACCAAAGCUUCUAAUAUUUUUGUUGAAUCUUCUAAAAAACCUUCUGAAACAAAUGUCACAGAAAACACAAAUAAUAAUAAGAUUAUGGAAGCAAGUACUACUAUUAGCAAUUCAGACGUGAUUAAAAUGAAUAAUUCUGAAGAAAUUAAGAAUGAUAAUGUUAACGAUGUCAAUGGGAAUGCGGCAAGUCUGAAAAGGCUACGUCGAAACAGAACUGUACUUUUGAAACCAAAAGAUAUUUAUCGAGCAGCUAAAUUGUUGGAUUUCAACACCGCUGAAGAAAUAAAGGUAGUUAUCAAGCCUUGGAUAAGAAUUGAUGGUGUUUUAAAUAGACGAGUUCUAGAUCGUAUGCUUGGAGCAGUUUUAUGUUACUGCUUUGAAAAACCUGGUACAUCUCUUACCAAUGUACAAAAUAGAUUCACACCUGCUAUACAACCUUAUCAUACGAGAGAAUUAAUAGAGAUUUUAACUAGACUUGGCUGUGUGAUCAUGUCAGUUCAAAAAAUGUCCAAAGUAACUUUAUUUUCUCGACCAGCUAAGCUUGAUAUGACUGGAAAUCCUGAUUUGACUGCGGAUAGCGAUUCUGUUUUUAUUAAGCCUACAAUACUAUCAACAUUAAAAUUCGGAAUGUUUUUGAGUAACAGAUCUUACAAUUUGGAUUUUUUAUCCACUUUGUAAACAUACAUUCGUUGUAAAUAUGUGCGUUGGUGUUAUACUAUUUAAUUUUACGUAAACUUCAUAUUUUUCUAAUAAAGUAAUUUAUUGAUUCUCAUUAUCUUAUUUGUUACUUAUAUACUCCAACAUUCAACAUAAAGCCUUGUCUACGAGUAGACUUUAAGAUUUUUCACUUUAACUUUCAAACUCCAAUUGUAUAAAAAAAUGCAAUAUUAGAAAUGAAUAUUUUCGAUAAAAGGCGCAAAAAAGUAUACCUAACUAAUAGUUAAUUGAUUUUCGAUUGAAAAUUGUAUGAAAAGUAAUUAAUAGUGAACGUUAAUAGUGAACGCAACCUACUUAAAGUCAAUGCUUAGACAAGGAGUCACAUUAUAAUAAUUGUAAGUCUUAGACAUUUAAAAGUUACAAUCUUCAUUUCUAUCUUUAAAAAUUUUAGAUAAAAUAUUGACUUCCCGUGUUUCCACAUUCGCAUGUAAUGCAGUAAUCAAGCACAGUACUCCCAAAUACUAACCAAAGUACUAAUUUAAUGUACCCAUAAAUGCAAUGGAAUCAAGUCGAAAACAAACUCUUUUGAAUGAGAUCAAAUCUAUUCGAAACGGUUGAUUCACGUCAGAGAUAUGCGAAAACAUGAUAUAAGAAAAAUUAUCUCGAUUACAGAAGCUCUUUCGUUUUCUAUUUUAAGUCAAAAAAAAAAUUACUUAGCAGGAAAAUGAUUUCCGAAAAUUACUGAAGCAUAGAAUGGAGAAAUAGAAACUAUUUAAUAAAGCAAUCUUGAAUUGAAAAUUAGUCCAAAAGUUGAAACUUGUGUCUAAUUUCAAAAGUUUUUAUACAAUCAGUGUACUACAAAUACUUGUUCAGAGAUAUCAUGAUUUUCAUACACAGAUAUCUUACAAGAUACAAUUUUGUUUAAUUUUAAUACAAAAUUA